AUAAAUUCGAAUCAAAACAUUUAGAAAGUGACAUUGCCACUGAGAAAAUGGUGUCUUAUCGGUUACACAACUCAUUUGUAGAGCUACGUCUCGCAUACGCUUACGCUAUAAAUUUGCUAUGCUAAAAUUGGUAGGAUUUUAGUCACACGUCACAACACAAACCUAAAAACAAACCAUGUGGUAGAUGUACAUAGCUAUAUCAACAAGUAGAUACAAUAGCAACAAGUCUACCUCUACAGACAGCUGCUGGGAGGAUGCUGAUUGUGAGGUAUCUCUGUAAACAGCGACUUUCUACUUCCUAAAAAUGACUUUUAAGUGAUUUUAUGUAAUAUCAGUUCUUAGUGGAAGUUUGUGAUUGUGUUUUCGCUCAAAAAUGGAUGAGUCUGGGAUUGAUAUGGGAUUCGAUCUCGCCUCGCUUUUGACGAACGAUUACGGCGGUGAUCAGAAGAUUUUGGAGGAGAUGACUGCGGCGCAGCAGCAACAGGAUUUUAUGUUCUACGAACUCAAGUCGAAAGCCGUGCCGAUCACAGAAAGCCCGCCGACAUUUAAGACGCUAACGCCGACGUCGCGCACGCACCUGAAGCAGCAGUUGAUGCGCGAACAUGCGCAGGAGCAGCGCCGCAGGGAAUCUUUACAGGCACAGCAAGCGGGCCAGUCCAAGGACAAUGUGGACGAGAAGAAGAAGUCAGUACCGGCGGACGUGCCGAGGGUCGUGCCUCACGUUGAGCUGCCGCCACAGGUUCUGCAGGUGCGGACAGUUCUGGAGAACCCCACCCGGUAUCACGUGAUCCAGAAACAGAAGAGCCAGGUGCGACAGUAUCUCAGUGAAUCCUUCCAGCCCAACACACAGGUUUCGGUGGUCCCGCGAGGCGCACCGGUACAGUCGGCGCCAGAAUUGGGCGCCAAACCACCGCCAUCACCCGACCAUGGUUCCUCAUCCAGCCUGCUCAGUCCUGGACUCUGUUCUGUGGGCACCACUAACUCAGAGGCUGACGAGUUCCUAGAAGACAUCCUAUCACUAGACAGCGGGGCAGGCCCCCUGUCUUCAUCAGGACCGCCUUCGGCCGCCAGUUCGAUCGCUGGUGACUGCGGGCUGCUGUCAGACGCUGACAUGCACGCGUUGGCUAAAGAUCGACAGAAGAAAGACAACCAUAACAUGAUCGAGCGCCGCCGCCGCUUCAACAUCAACGACCGCAUCAAGGAACUCGGGACUCUCCUCCCCAAGACUAACGACCCCUUCUACGAGGUCAUCCGCGACGUGCGCCCCAACAAGGGCACCAUCCUCAAGUCCAGCGUGGACUACAUCAAGUGUCUCAGGGACGAGGUGAACCGGCUCAAGCAGAGCGAACAAAGGAGGAAGCAGAUCGAGCUGCAUAACAGGAAACUCACGCUUAGGAUACAGGAAUUAGAGCGUAUAGCACGAUUACAUGGUCUACCGCUAUCUGCAGCUGAAAACGGUGCUUCCCCCUCGCCGGCCGAAGACACGCCUCCACCUCCAGCACCGGAGAUAAUCCUUCCUAAAACGGAGCCGUCGCCGCUGAUGGAGCUGGGCUCGCCCUCGCCCCCGGGCUCGGGCUCGGGAGGGGGAGGGGCACGGGCAGGGGGAGGCGGCGGGGGAGGGGGAGGGACGCAGCGCCCCGACCUGCUGCGCGACAUGCCCGGCCUCCGCCCCGGCCCCCACCCCGCCGACUGCCUCUCCGUGCCCGACGCGCUAGACGGUCUAAAGCUGGGUUCGUGUUCACCGCUGAGAGGCGAGGAGAGCCUGUCUCUAGGCUGCUUGGAGCCCGACUUGUGUCUAGAACCUGAACCAGAUCACUUCCUGAAUCACAAGCACAUAAAGAUGAGGAUGUCUCCGUCGCCCGGGCUGCUGGGCGGCGACGACGCCGUGCUCAACCUCGCGCAGAUCGAGGACCUCAUGGACGACGACUCACACAACCCCGUCACGACAGGAGACCCGAUGCUAUGCUCGUCGCCAACGUCGCAGCUAUGCAGCCUAGCGGACGUAGUCGGCGAUGCGGCGGAGCGAAGUAUCGCCAGCAUGCUACAUGAAGCCGCACAAUAUUCUCCUCACAGCGCAGGCACGUCUGGUCUAAUGGGCGACGGGGCAAUAAGUCUAAACGGCCUCCCCGGGCUGGGCGAGGGCUGCCUGCCGGCGCUGCUGCUCGGCGGGCCGCACCACCACGCGCCGCACUCGCCGCACAGCCACCCGCGCAACCACUGCUUCGACAUGGACCUGGGGGCUUAGCUUAGCGGGAGGACUGUAGGUCCAGCUCGAAGUAUCCGGUUCUAAGGACCAUUGAUCUCUUUAAGAACCAUCGAUCCAAAUCAAAUAAAAAGUCUAUUCAAGUCGAUAUAUGAUCUAUUUUAAGACUCGACGCAUGAUGCACCAACGAUCUUGCUCGAUGAACCAAUGAUCUAGUUUGAAGGACCACUAAUCCGGCUCGAAGGACCACUGGCCUGGUCUGGUCUGGUCAAUGGAUCACUAACCUGGUUUGAAGGACCACUGAUUCAGUUCGAAAGACGACUAAUCCGGCUCAAGGGACCCCUGAUCCGGCUCGAAGGACCAGUUGCUGAAUGUAGGUGCUUUCAAACACACGCCAAUACAAUGACUCCUGAAUGUGUUAGUGAGAGACCUUGGACUCUUGAAGAUUUAACUUGAAUUUGACAGUGAGAUUAUGUCAGUUUACAGAGAUGUCUGACAAUAAUGAACUACAGGUUUAAAUUGAUAAUUAGAAGAAUCGAACUUUAGUUUUGUAGAUUGGUUUUAACAUCAACGGCCCGUCUUAGUAGUUUUUAAUUUCGUACCAGUAUUUUUGGAGAUUAUUUUAAUUCUUCCAUAUAGAUGGCGUUGUUUCCUUCGAAUUGACUAUUCUGCUAAAUAGUGUUCAAAUAAUGUUCUUAAAAUAAUAAUCUAGUUAUAAUGUGUUCAUUAUUUGACUAUCGGCACGAUUGGUAAGAUUAGAAUAUUUUUGAUUGUUUUUAAUGUAUGCCAUUUAUGGAUUUUACUAAAUUACAUUAAAAUUUGUAGACGACUUGAGUCCCAGUUAAUUUUAGAAAAACCAAAGAGAUCAUUAACAUUUGGGUAGAAAUGAAAACAUUUUUUAUAAAAAAUGUCACUCCACUAAAAAUAGUUAUUUUAUAUUAGUAAAAUCCUUCCUAAGUAGCUUAGAAUUAAGCGUUUUAGUAAUCGUGAUACAUUAGUUACCAGCUCAUCUUAUUGUUAUUUUAAAAGCUAUAUUUUUAGAAUAUUUUGUUUGGCUGGAUACAGUUUUCAUUCUUUUAAAUUACUUAAAUAGAUUAGAAAAAUGCUUGCUUAUUAUUAAUCCAUACAUUUGAUGUUUUAAACAUUGCGUAUAUAUUAUAUGCCAGCAAAUUCUGUUUACGAAGUGAGUAUUAUGAAAUUUUGACAAUACUAUAUUUUUUAUUAAAUCAUAUCUUAAUAUGGUGCUCUUUUGGAAAUAAUAUAUUUAUGAUAUUAUAAUUAAAUUAUAUCAAUACACUGGGAUAUUAUCUAACUGACGGACCACAAUAUUUUAUACAGAAAAAAUGUGAUACAUUAUAUUUUUAGAUAAUUAAUCAAUAAAUAAUAAAAAAAAAUAUUUUUGUACAUAGACUAUUUCAACAUCUUUAAUGUGUAUGAAACAAAGUGCCUUGAUUGUAGUAUUUAUGAAGUGUUUAACUUCGUGUAAGUAAAAUUAUUAGAAUUGUUGGAAAAACACUGGUUUUGUAGAUCACAUGUUAUUUAUUAAGUUUUAUUUUGUGAUGAUUUUUAAUGUUAAGUGUUACUGUUUGAAACCUAUGCAGUAUAACAACUUUUGUCGAACAAAGAUUUAAUAGGUGUUUUAAGGAGCGAAUUGUUACAAAUUCGGAGCCACUCUUCUUUAAUUUCAUACAAAAAGUAAAAAACUUAACCAAGUUUGAAUGGCCGUAGGUACUAGUCUACUAGAGUUAGUACCUACUACGAAGUUUUUCUCUAAUUUAUGGUACUGAAAUAUGAUAUUGCAGAUUAGUAAAAUUAGUAAAAUCAUCCUUGAGAACGAAGAACUUAUGAAAAACUUCAAUUUGAAUUGUAUUCCGCAUAGGAAGAAAUUAAUAUAUUUUUGCCAACGGGAAGUGCAUAUAUAAAUAUGUAUCAUGAUAUUGGAGCGAGGCUCUAAUAAUAUGUUGUAGAAUUAUGUAAUUUUUUGUGAGGUAGGUGUUAUCGCUCGGAACUAAAUUAAUAAAAUAAAUAUUGUUAAGACUAUGAGUGACACUCCGUCUAGUGUGAAAUGAGCUAAAGUAGAACCUCGGUUAUCCGAACUAAGUGGGACCAGACUCCGAGUUCGGUUAAUAAAUUGUUCGGAUAAACACUUGUGGGUUUUUUUUUGGGACUAGGUCAAACAAAACAACACAUUUUUACAUAAACAACAAUAAAUAAACAAUUGCUCUACUUUCUGACAAUAAAUGAUUUGUAUUUGUAAAAACUGUAGAUAUGUAGUACUGUAGUAUACAUGAAAAAAAAUCUUCAAGUUUUAUUUAUAAAUAUAUACUUAUGUCGUGCAAUAAGAAACGUUGGUGCCAGUUUGCGCUCAAAAUAAUGUAAGCAAUAUAAGCUAUAACAGUUUUAAAUGCCUUAACUUAUUGUUAGUAGAAUAUGAAAUAAAAACUAGCCUUUGAGUUCUGUGAAAUUAACUUAAAACCACCCUUAAUAUUUGAAUUAAUUUUCAAAUAGAACAAAGUUAGGUCGUGUCAUUAUAAACGUUAUAUUUUCAUAGCAAUUUGAUAUUAAUUAUGACAUGGCCACACUUUGUCAUUCCUAAUGCUAUGCAGAGUUAUACAUAUGUAUUAAAUCAUUGAAUACUAUUUAUGGUCUAAAGCUUUAUUAUUAGAUUGUAAUUUUAUUAAUUACAGGCAGCUAUACAAGUAUUUAAAAAUAGUCCUUGUAAAAAAUAUCCAGCAACAUUUUUUAAAACGAUAAAGGCCUUUAUUUAACUCUAAAAUGUAAUAACGGCCAUAAGGUAAAAUAGAAAAUAGUACAUUAUAUACCUAAAGGUACUACAAAGACCGGGAAGUAGGGAAUUACCGGUCGAUAUGAACUGAAUCUACCUACAAUUUUAUGUUACACAAAAUCAUUUUUAAUACAUAUAUGUAAUGUAUUUUUUUCUAAAAUCAUUUAUUUACAAACAAGAUACAUAUAUACAGUGGUAUUACUAAAAUAAAUUAAUAACUAGCUUAAAUCUAAAAUAGGCACUUGAGGCAUUGUACCAAGGAUGCUGGCGGCAUUUUCUCGCUGUAUCGCAAUGCUGAUACGCUGUGCGAGGAAGCCGCCAGCUCUUCGGUCACCUCACCAGUUACGUCAACCAGACGCUUGAAAAAAAAUGAAAAAAUGAAAAAAUGUUACACAUUUUACUAUUGAUGAUAUUUUGCUGAGACUUUAAUUCGAAGGUGAUAUUAAAACUACAGUGUGCCUUAUUACGUAUUUGAAGACAUUAUUAUACCUAAAUAUUUCUAUUUAUAUUAUUAUAUUAAAGUAAUUCGGGCGAAACACAAACAGAUGUAUGAAUUGUAUGUUAUUUAAUAUUGUAUGAGAUUAAAAAUAUUGUUGAAGUACAAAACGUAAAUAAAACACAAUUUACUAGA